AUGGUUGCUGAGCUUGGACAGUAUGUACAUGCAAUUGGGACGGAUUCCAACAAUUUGAUGGAACCACAAAGUAUUGAAGCGAUCUACAUUGAACCUACAAAGGGACAACGUACUGGGCACCGCCGUGUUGAAGCUUGGGCUGCUGCCGAAGGUGUUACCUCCAUGAAGUUCUUUGAUAAGAAGAGAGAUUUGGAGACAUUUCAAGAUGGCGAUCAAAUCGCAGGAGUGGAUGACACGGAACAAGGUUACUUAGAAGAAGACUUUGAUCAGGACUAUGAACCUGAAGAUGAAGAUGAACGUGAUUUUAUUGAUGACUCCAAAAGAAAUGAGCUCUUGGCAGAUGCAGACAAUGAUGUUGAUGAUAUGCUGGAACUCAUUGUCAGAUUCCAAGGGGAUGAUGACUAUGAAUCAGCUGACAACGAUUUGGGUGAUGAAGGCGAUGAAGAGGAAGAACCUAUUGUGGCCGAUUUGGAUCACCAUCAAGAAAAUGUUGAUAGAGGAACCAAUGAUAUUGGGAGCCUCGUUACUGAUCUGGAGGAUCUACAAGAACCGCCAGAAGAAGAGAUUGUAUUUGAGCCUGAAGAGCCUCAAGUAGCAAAAGUCACUUGA